AUGUUUAAAGUGUUGCGAGAUGGUCAGCUGAAGCUUAACAGAAAGAAGUACGAGAUUGGGAAGGAAGAGUUAGUGUAUCUCAGUUUUAUCGUAGGAAAGGGCCAGCGGGGGACAGAUCCAAGCAAGUAUAGGAAGUUGGUGGAGUACCAUUCUAAAAUAUUUAUGGGUGCUAUUCAGAGCUAUCCUACGUACGAUAAGGAGUUUUAUGUGCUCUACCAGGCGAUCAAGCAUUGGAGGGUGUACUUGUUGGGUAAGCAGGUGGUUUUACACUCGGAUCACAAGCUAUUAGAGUUUUUACAUGUCCAGACGGAGCUACAGCAGGCACGACACAUGAAGUUGAUGUCCUAUUUGAUGGCGUUCAACAUCGUCAUUAGGUAUAAGAAGGGGACAACUAACAAGUUGGCUGAUAUGCUAUCUCGACCGCCAAUGAGGGCUUUGUUGGUGACGAUGCUUAUUCAGCCCUUAAUGCCUUUGGAAUAUGUGUACAUGUACACAUCUAGUAGAGACUUUAGCAGUGUGUUCGAGCAGGUGAAGGCUGGUCGGAAGGGGGAGUAUGAGCUCGGAGCAGAUGGUUUGUUAUAUCAUGGGAUAUCGAUUUGCAUUCCGGAGGAUGGCGAUCGAUUGUAG